CCUUCGGAAUUACGGAAUAAUAAUAAAAGAUUGAUUUCUCCAAAAAGAUCUGAGCUUUUUUUUCUCUGUUUGAGAUUUGAUCGAAACGAGAGAGAGAUCGGAAGCUCGGGCGUAGGAAUGGACGAGGUGAUGACAGCCGCGGACGCCGGCGACGUAAAUAGGUCAAUGUACGGAUCCUCUCCACCGUCGCAGAAUCUGCUCCCUCGCAAUCUUCCCAUCUUCUCGGCGUUUCUCGCAUUGGCUCUUGCUCAGUUCCUCAAAGUUUUCACUCAUUGGUACAAAGAGAAGAGAUGGGACUCUAAACGUAUGCUCAGUUCCGGUGGUAUGCCUUCUUCUCACUCCGCUACUGUCACUGCCCUGGCUCUUUCCAUUGGCCUUGAAGAAGGUGCUGGAGCACCCGCUUUUGCCAUCGCUCUUGUCUUAGCUUGCGUUGUAAUGUAUGAUGCCUCUGGGGUUAGGCUUCAUGCUGGUCGUCAAGCUGAGCUGCUGAAUCAAAUUGUUUGUGAGUUCCCUCCGGAGCAUCCAUUAUCUACAGUUAAACCCUUGCGUGAACUGCUCGGCCACACUCCUAUCCAGGUUGCGGCUGGCGCCAUUUUAGGAUGCGUGGUAGCCUAUCUGAUGAGGAGUACAAGCUAGUUUCUACAACAACAAUGAAUCCAACAUUCUUUUGAAAAUCUUAGACCCUUGAGAAGCUACAUAUAGAUUCAUUCAUCAGCAAUCAAGCUGGUGGGGUAGAUUAUUGGCAAGUAAAUGGAAUUUGUGAAGUCUGUGUAAUAUCUAGAUCAUUGUUAGAGAGACCUUUCCUUACCUGAUGUGAACUGACUUGUCAUUAUUUUUUUGAAAUAGUUCUGUGUGUUUUAUGGUCGAAAUUGUAGAACAUACUCAUGUUCUACUUUUGCCUUUAGUUACUUUAGCUCUCUUCUAAAUUGCCAAUAAGAAUGUAAACAUGUGAAGUC